GCAGAUCUGCCUCCAUUUUGUGUCGGUCGACCCGUUUCCGGGUUUCUGGGAAGAAGAGGCAGAUAAAACCGUGAGAACGGGGAGUAACGUUAUGGCUCUGCUCGCAGGUCAAGAGUGCGGGCAAAGUUUUCCGUAGCUACCUGAAACUACAGAAAGUGACUCUUAAACGCGGCCAGCAUUUAUUUAAUACUCUGAACUGUUGUUAACGGGACCCACAGGCAGCCGGACUGCGCUGACACUGACAGCUGGAAAGUAAACAGCUCGAUGCUAACAGCUAGCCGCAGCUAGCUCCUCUCCAACCGCCGCUAGCUGAAGCUGCUAACCCGUCGACAGCAAGCUAACGUUAGCCGGGCUAACCUGCGAGUGCUUGCGGUUACAUCACCAGCAACCCACUCCCAUCCUAAUUUCUGUUCUGUCCAGACGAAGGAUUGCCACAACAGCACUUUCCAUUCAUGUUGUUUUUGAGGACGAGACUACCAGACCUCCUCUUCUUCGAGCCAGGGAGCCAGUGUGUGUCAUCCCAGCAGAGACGGUGAAGUCACCGGUCCUUACCCCACACAGAGAGGUGCCAACAGAGGGACAGGAUGCCUAUUCCUCCCCCUCCCCCUCCUCCCCCAGGACCCCCGCCUCCCCCCACCUUCCAUCAGGCGAACACGACUCCUCCCAAACUGAGCUCCUCCGAGACUAAAGGCAGGGGAGCGCUGCUGUCGGACAUCUGCAAAGGCGCCAAGCUAAAGAAGGUCACUGCGAUCAAUGACCGGAGCAGUCCGAUUAUAGAGAAAUCAGGAGGAGGAGGAGGAGGAGGAGGUGGCGGUGGAGGUGGUGGUGGUGGUGGCGGAGGAGGUGGUGGUGGAGGUUUUGGAGGCGGAGGGCCAAUGGGAAUGGGAGGCCUUUUCCAAGGAGGUGUGCCAAAAUUACGCCCAGUUGGAGAUGGUGUAGCCGGUUCGGUGGGCAGAUCCGCCUUGAGGCCCCCAGGGUCCCGGCCUGCGGCCCCUCGCCCCCCCACAGGGCGCUCCUCUUCACCCACCCCGCCCAACAAGCCCUCUCCUCCAGAGCACCAGCGCUCCCACCGCCCCUCGCUCCCUGACAUCUCCCGCCCCCCCAGCAGCAACAGCAGCAGCUCCUCCACAGGCAGCGGGAUGAAGCACAGCACCUCCGCCCCACCUCCUCCUCCACCUUUCAACAGAGGUGGCCGUGGCAACGCUCCACCUACCCCCAAUCAGAAAGCACCUGCUCUACCUUCCUCAUCUUCCUCUCACAGCAGAGAGAAGCCCCUCCCACCGACACCCAACAGAGGCCCCACCUCUCCCAGCUCCGCGAAGCCGCCUCCGUCUUCCAGCAGACCCCCCACCGGUGGCUCCUCCGCUCCUCCACCCCCACCUCCUUACAGACCUUUUGGAUCAGGUGGCGUCUCCAAUGGGCCGUCCCAAGUAGAUGUGGGCGGAGCUCCGGAGCUACCACAGAGACACAACUCCCUGCACAAAAACACUCAUCAGGCAGCCAGACGCAGCCAGGCUCCUCCCCCGCCUCCUUCACCGUCUCCAUCCUCCCAGCAGGGCAGCAGACCACCACCUCCUGUCAGAGAGCCACCUGGGCGCAGAGCAGCUCCCCAGAUGCCCCCUCCUGGGUCCCGAAAUGGCAGUCGGGACGCCCCUCCUCCCCCGCCCCCAUACCGUGUUCACAGCUCUGUGACCUCAGAGACCCAAAGCCGAGUGAGCAAACCACCUCCGCCUCCCUCCUCUUCCUCCUCCUCAACAUCCUCCACCUCCUCCCGAACCCCAGCUGGACCUCCUCCCCCCCCGCCAGUCCGGAACGGACACUCCCAUGUCUCCUCCUCCAAGCCUGUCAUAGAUGAUUUUGAAUCCAAGUUCAACUUCCACCCUAUUGAGGACCUUCCACCUCCAGAGGAGUACAGGCAUUUCAGCAAGGUCUACCCCAGCAAGGCCAACAAGGGUACUGCAGGACCCCCUUCCAUGAACAGAGGAGCUCCUCCAGCACCGCCGGCGAACACCAGACCCCAGCUCAGGACAUGAACUGUCAGUCAGCCGACUCGGUGAACAGCUGGGAGGGAGGGGGUGGAGAAACACUCAAAUCACACUAAAACACACACACACUUAACACUAAACCACCAGCUGGAAGCACAGCGGCACUACGACGGCACACAGGUUUCACACUUCUCGCCGCUCACCUUUUUGGUCUUUGCACGAGAGAACAAAAACCACUCGUAGACGAGAAACGGACUCGACCUUUUUCCUGACUGCGACCAGCUCUGCUGACUGAACGCAGAGGCUUCUGUUUGACACGACAUAUCAGGACCAAACACUUCCAAAACUGUGCAUUCCACCUUUUUUUUUUUCUUUAUGCAUAUUCCCGAUAAUAAUGGUGAUCUUAUUUUGUUUAAUUUUUAUUACUUUGGUGUCCUCGGGAGGAGAAAAUUCAACACUACGAAUGGAAACUGUCUUUUGAAAUGAUGUUUUCAGCAGAUGGAUUUACACUUUCCACAAAAUACUGAUAAUGCCAUGAAUGUGGGAGUUACUGAUGGUGGUUUUUGUUUUUUUUUGGGGGGGGGGGGGUGUAUUUUGUCUUAAAUAGCCAUUCCAGCUAGUGCCAGGUGAGGGUUUGUUUGAAUUUCUGUGUGAGAGUGUGCCAAAUGCAGGUGGAGUCAAAUGAAGUGCACAGAGUGAGGACAGUUUCCGUGUAUGUCCCAAAUACAAUUGACUCUUUUUGAUCAUGAACAAAAUGCGUUACUGGAAAACGUGCCAAGUUAUGACAGAAGCCUUGCCUGGUCGAUUAUUUUUACAUUUGGACAGGGACUAUUUCAUGUUUGUUUGUACCUCCCCCUCUCUCCUGUAGUUUGGGGGUGUUUAUAUCCAUCUUCAGGUGAUUUUGCACGGAAGCUUAACUGCUGAACCGAGACACUGUGCAUGAUGCUUAUUAAAACAGAAGACCCUGAGAUCAGGAUUAUAGUCAUAAAAAUCUAGAAUCACAAAGUGGGUUAAUCUUUUCCCUUAUGUGUCUGACAAACUGUAGUUCACACAGCCAGCAUGUUUCUCCACAGCGGAAAACUAAAUUAUUAUUUGUGAACUGGACCAAGUGUAGAUGGUGUAGCUGCAGGUUUGCGGUGCAGAGUUUUGGAGGUGUUUUUUUAUAUAAGGGAUCAUUUAUCAACUUUCUGUCGUCGGUCUGAAAGCUCUGUUCAGAAUCCAUCUUUAUACUUUUGCUGCUUGUGGCCCCCCCUUUUUUUUUUUAUAUAGAAGAGAAAGAUGAUAUAAUGUUCAAUUGCUAUGCAAGGAGCAGUUUGUACAGAUUGUAGUUUGUAGAAGCUAACCAAAAAAAAAGAAAAAGGAACACUUAAGUGCCGGAGAACUGUUGACGCAGAUGGAGGUUCUUUACUUUUCUGUAAGCUUGACUUUAAAAUCACUACUUACAUCAUAGUCAAACUAAAAUGAACAACAAGCAAAUGCUUGUUCAGGUCAUAUUCUUUGUUCUCAGUGAUGCAGCGCCUCCUGCUGGUCCUUGCCUUACACAAACCUAAAUCUGUUGUCACUCCCAUCGGUACCAGUGCUUUUUAUUUUUGUCUUCUUUUUUUUUUUUUUUAGGGGGGAGUUGAUGACAACAAAAUAAGAAACAAGUUUAUUUGAAAAUGCAAUAAAUAUUGUAUAUUUACAUUAAGGAAUAAUGGUAAUCAUAGUUAUUGAUCUAUUUUUAUGUUGUAAAAAGCGUGUAAUAUAGGAAAGAGAGAUGAUUAUAACGAUGUUCCAGUCGGCGAGCUUUUGGUCUGAUAGAGCGGCCUCUCUGUCGCACUUCUCUGGAUGUUUGGCCAUAGGGUGGGGCGGCAGGUGAAUGAGCCGAGUGGAUGUGUGUGAGGUUUUGCCAACGAGCCAACAUUUUGGGGAUGUAAAGAUCGGGUACUGUAGUGAAGGUGGGCGUGGGUGACGGAUGCCAACGUCAGCACACACAAUGGAGCCGCACGUCCUGGAUGUACAGCCUACUCACCUUGUCACGCAGGUGACCCGACACGUUUGAGUCCUCCUGUUCUCACCUUUAUCCACUCUUGAGAGUAAAAAGCCCUGUGGUCAUUUCAUGUUAAUCAACCAUGUUUUUAUCAUUUGAAAUAAUUUCAAAUAAAUAUGGGGGAAAAAGGGUA